UCUCUACUGUCCUGGUCUUCUUCUUCUUUCUCCUUUUCUUCUUCUUCUCUUAACUCUUAGUCUUACCCUUAACCGCCGCCAUCAACGACGGCCACAACACGGGAAAUUAAUCUAACCAUUUUGUUAUAUCGAUCCUUUUACGACUUGGAUUAUUAUAUUAAGUAAUACUUACUGUAAAAUGAAUUGUUUAUUCUCGAUUAUCGUUGUUUUUGGAUUGGAGAUAUGAGAUCAUUUGAGAGAGAAUUAUGCGAACGCUUUGCGAUGCCUGUGAGAACGCCGCCGCUGUUGUCUUCUGUGCUGCUGAUGAGGCCGCGCUUUGCGGUGCCUGCGACGAGAAGGUACAUAUGUGUAAUAAGCUUGCUAGUCGGCACGUGCGAGUAGGUCUGGCAAAUCCCAGUGACGUUCCUUGCUGUGACAUAUGUGAAAAUGCACCUGCUUUCUUUUACUGUGAAGUAGAUGGAAGUUCGCUUUGUUUGCAAUGUGAUGUGAGCGUUCAUGUUGGAGGUAAAAGAACGCAUAGAAGAUUUCUUCUGCUAAGACAAAGAGUUGAGUUUCCAGGUGACAGUACAGUAGCUGUAGACCCAAAUUUGCAAGCAGUAGAUGGAAGUGAUGAGAUCAAGAAAGGACAAAAUCAACACCAACAAUCUAAUAUGAAUCAGACGACAAAUGGAGAGAAUCAACAAAAUCAUGGAAAUGCAAAGAUAGAAAAUAAAAUGAUUGAUUUGAAUAUGAAGCCCCUUCGAUUUCAUGAACAAGCUCCAAACGAUCAGUCUUGACAGAGAAAUAGAAAGUGAUUUCUCUCCUAGGCCAGAAAUUUGGGUAGGCUUUUAUCUAUAUGUCCCCAACAGAGUAGCAUUGGUAUUUUUUUUUUUUUUUUUUUUUUUUUUUUUGUUUUGGGCAACUGAGAUCGGUAG